GCGUGGCCCUGCGGCGCGUGACGUGCGGCGCCGGCGGCCAUGGCGGGAAGCGAGCGGCGCAGCCGGGACGACUCCCCUCUGCCGCACCAUAGUGACUGGGGCCGCCUGGAGACGGCCAUCCUCAGCGGCUGGAGGAGCUUCUGGCAGUCGGUGGGCAAGGAGACAGCGGCGCCGCGGGCCUCCGGAGAGGAGGCGGAUGAGGGGGCCUGCACCCUGGCGCGGCUGCCGAUUGAUGUACAGCUAUAUAUUUUGUCAUUUCUUUCACCUCAUGAUCUGUGUCAGUUGGGAAGUACAAGUCAUUAUUGGAAUGAAACUGUACGAGAUCCAAUCCUGUGGAGAUACUUCCUGAUGCGGGAUCUUCCUUCUUGGUCUUCUGUUGACUGGAAGUCUCUUCCGGAUCUGGAAAUCUUAAAAAAGCCUAUAUCUGAAAUCACUGAUGCUGCAUUUUUUGACUACAUGGCAGUCUAUAAAAUGUGCUGUCCGUAUACAAGAAGAUCCUCAAAAUCUAGCCAUCCUGUGUAUGGAGCUGUCACCUCAUUUUUACACUCAUUGAUCAUUCAGAAUGAACCACGGUUUGCUAUGUUUGGACCAGGUUUGGAAGAACUGAAUACAUCCUUGGUGUUGAGCUUGAUGUCUUCUGAGGAACUUUGCCCAACAGCUGGUUUGCCUCAUAGGCAGAUUGAUGGUAUUGGAUCAGGAGUCAGUUUUCAGUUGUGCAACCAACAUAAAUUCAACAUCCUGAUACUAUAUUCAACUACCAGGAAGGAAAGAGAUAGAGCAAGAGAAGAGCAUACAAGUGCAGUUAACAAGAUGUUCAGUCUACAGAAUGAAGGAGAUGAUCAACAAGGAAGCCGGUACAGUGUUAUUCCACAAAUUCAGAAGGUGUGUGAAGUUGUUGAUGGGUUCAUCUACGUUGCAAAUGCUGAAGCUCAUAAAAGACAUGAAUGGCAAGAUGAAUUUUCUCAUAUUAUGGCAAUGACAGAUCCAGCUUUUGGAUCUUCAGGAAGACCAAUGCUGGUUUUAUCUUGUAUUUCUCAAGCGAAUGUAAAAAGAAUGCCCUGUUUUUAUUUGGCCCAUGAGCUGCAACUGAAUCAUCUAAACCACCCAUGGAUGGUCCAGGAUACAGAGGCUGAAACUCUAACUGGUUUUUCAAAUGGCAUUCAGUGGAUUAUUGAAGAAGUAGAAUCUAAGCAUGCAAGAUAAUCCUCCUUUUAGACCUUGGAAACUGAAACCAUUUGAUACUUGCUGCAAAGGUCAUGAUGUGGAUAUUUCCUCAGUCAGCUCAUUUUGUCCUGCCUUUUUGCAGGUGGGUUUUAUUGGACACUAGCUGCUGUGUUUUUAACAUAAUUUUUCCUUUUUCCUUUAAAUCAAUUAUAAGAAAAAGUUUCAGUGGUAGCAGUUAGCCCCAAAAUGAACCUCUUAAGAUGUUUUUGAUAACUUUUUUGCUUUCUGUCUUCUUAAAAAUAUUAAAUUCUGGAAAAAACAA